GCAGUGGAAAUCCUAAUAUUCGACUUUUUUGUACAAUUUUAAUAUGUAAAAAUAUUUGAAGUCUAUUCAUUUUGUACUAAUUUUGGAAUCCUUGUUAUCUAUGUAGCAGUUUUACGAUGCAUAUAUAUUUACAUCAUUAUGUGGAUUUCAACAUUAGUAUAAAGUAAUUUGAGUCUUUGCCUGAGACUUGUUCAGGGAAACUUUGACUCUGAGACUGUAAUAGAAUCUACAGAUAAAUCAGAAACCCUAUACCAAUCUUGAACAUUCAAAGAAGUACUUCUUAACAUACUUCGUUUGGUAUAUAUUAUAUAUGAAUUGUAAACAGGGCAUUAUAUACUGUAAUGCGCUGGGUUGAGGGAGCAUGUUUUGAGAGAUGAGACAGUGAACAGACCUAACCAGGUGGGUUAGUCAGUUAUUCAAAUGAGACACAGCAAGGGGAAGCAGUUCCUGUAUUCAGAGAUAAAAGACCCAGGAUUGUGGUCUCUCCUGGGUUUAUCUCAGCCUAAUGGACACCGUAGAAUUUGGAUUUCCUCUGUCAGGAAUUAGACUGAGAAGUGAGGGGUUUUUUUCCCCAUAGGCCCCCAAAUGGAUUUUGUUAACCUUCCCCAGAGCAGUCAUAGCUGCUGGGUGUUUUUAACCAAACUACCCCACCACUUUGUGUGUGUGUGUGUGUGUGAGAGAUCAGCUCCUGGCCUUCCCUAGUGUGCUUUUCCAGGAACUCAACUGUAGGUUUCAGUAAUUCAUUCAACAAACCAAUCUACUAUGUGCCAGGAGCUAGUGGCACAGAUUACAACAUGAUUUCUAACCUCCAGAGACUGACAGUUUAGUAAACGUGGUAUUGUAGUUAACCAUGUGAUUUCUCCUGCUAGAUAGUGUAGCCUCGUGCUAAUAAUACUGUGUGAUUCUCUUUUGUUUGCUGGGGCCGGGAGUUUCAUGGACUCUGCGCCACAAGAGACCUCCCCACUCCCUGGAAGCUGCUCUGACUCCCUGCCCUCUGGGCUACAUGGGGAUAUGCCAGGAGUUAUCUGGAAACCACAAGAUAAAACAUGGCUUAAGUUCCUAGAGUGCACAUUUUACUUGAAUCUUUUUUUGGAAAAAUAAACCACCCGAAGAUUCACCAUCUCUUCCAUGGCUGCCUCACAAACUUCACAGACUGUUGCAUCUCACGUUCCUUUUGCAGAUUUAUGUUCAACUUUAGAACGAAUACAGAAAAGUAAAGGACGUGCAGAAAAAAUCAGACACUUCAAAGAAUUUUUAGAUUCUUGGAGAAACUUUCAUGAUGCCCUUCAUAAGAACCAAAAAGAUGUCACAGAUUCUUUUUAUCCAGCCAUGAGACUUAUUCUUCCUCAGCUGGAAAGAGAGAGAAUGGCCUAUGGCAUCAAAGAAACUAUGCUUGCUAAGCUUUAUAUUGAAUUGCUUAACUUACCUCGAGAAGGAAAAGAUGCCCUCAAACUUCUAAACUACAGAACACCUACCGGAACUCGUGGAGAUGCUGGAGACUUUGCGAUGAUUGCGUACUUUGUGUUGAAACCCAGAUGUUUACAGAAGGGAAGUUUAACCAUACAGCAGGUAAAUGACAUUUUAGACUCCAUUGCCAACAAUAAUGCUGCCCAAAGGAAGGACCUAGUAAAGAAGAGUGUUCUUCAGCUUAUAACUCAGAGUUCAGCACUUGAACAAAAGUGGCUGAUACGGAUGAUUGUAAAGGACUUGAAGCUUGGUUUUAGUCAGCAAACUGUAUUUUCUGUUUUUCAUAAUGAUGCUGCUGAGUUGCAUAAUGUCACCACAGAUCUGGAAAAGGUCUGUAGGCAACUGCAUGAUCCUUCAGUUGGGCUCAGUGACAUUUCUAUCACUUUAUUCUCUGCCUUUAAACCCAUGCUGGCCACUAUAGCAGAUAUCGAGCGAAUUGAGAAGGACAUGAAACACCAGAGUUUCUACAUCGAAACCAAGCUAGACGGUGAGCGUAUGCAAAUGCACAAGGAUGGGGACGUGUAUCGGUACUUCUCCCGCAAUGGAUAUAACUAUGAGGAUCAGUUUGGUUCUUCCCCACAGGAAGGUUCCCUUACACCGUUCAUCCAUAAUACAUUCAAAACAGAUGUUCAAAACUGCAUCCUCGAUGGUGAGAUGAUGGCCUACAACCCUAAUACACAAACUUUUAUGCAAAAGGGGAAUAAGUUUGAUAUUAAAAGAAUGGUAGAAGAUUCUGAUCUGCAAACUUGUUACUGUGUUUUUGAUGUAUUGAUGGUUAAUGAUAAAAAGCUAGGGCAGGAGACACUGAGAAAGAGGUAUGAAAUUCUUAAUAGUGUUUUUACGCCAAUACCAGGUAGAAUAGAAAUAGUGCAAAAAACACAAGCUCAUACUAAGAAAGAAGUAAUUGAUGCUUUGAAUGAAGCAAUAGAUAAAAGAGAAGAGGGGAUCAUGAUAAAACAUCCUCUGUCCAUUUACAAGCCAGAUAAAAGAGGUGAAGGAUGGUUAAAAAUUAAACCAGAGUAUGUAAAUGGGCUGAUGGAUGAACUGGACAUCUUAAUUGUGGGGGGCUACUGGGGGAAAGGUUCCCGGGGUGGAAUGAUGUCUCAUUUUUUGUGUGCGGUGUCAGAGAAACCCCCUUCUGGUGAAAAACCAUCAGUGUUUCAUACUCUCUGUCGUGUUGGCUCAGGUUACACCAUGAAAGAACUGUAUGACCUGGGUUUGAAGUUGGCCAAACACUGGAAGCCUUUUCAUAGGAAAGCUCCACCAAGUUGCAUUUUAUGUGGAACAGAGAAGCCAGAGGUCUACAUCGAACCUUGGAAUUCGGUCAUUGUUCAGGUUAAGGCCACAGAGAUCGUCCCCAGUGAUAUGUAUAAAACUGGCUGCACGUUGCGUUUUCCACGAAUUGAGAAGAUAAGAGAAGACAAAGAAUGGCAUGAAUGUACAUCUCUGGAGGACUUAGAACAACUUCGAGGGAAAGCCUCCGGAAAGCUUGCGUCUAAACACCUUUAUGUGGGUGAUGAUGAUGAACCACAAGAAAAAAAGCGGAAAGCUGCCCCAAAGAUGAAGAAAGUUAUUGGAAUUAUUGAGCACCUAAAAGCACCCAACCUUUCUAACGUAAACAAAGUUUCUAAUAUAUUUGAAGAUGUGGAGUUUUGUGUCAUGAGUGGAACAAACAGCCAUCCAAAGCCUGAUCUGGAGAACAGAAUCGCAGAAUUUGGUGGUUACAUAGUCCAAAAUCCAGGCCCAGACACAUACUGUGUGAUUGCAGGGUCUGAGAACAUUCGAGUGAAAAACAUCAUCUCUUCUGAUAAACACGAUGUUGUCAAGCCGGAGUGGCUGUUAGAGUGUUUAGAGACCAAAAGCUGUGUGCCGUGGCAGCCUCGCUUCAUGAUCCACAUGUGCCCAUCAACAAAACAGCACUUCGCCCGGGAAUACGACUGCUACGGGGAUAGUUACUUUGUCGAUACAGAUUUGAACCAACUGAAGGAAGUGUUCUCGGGAAUUAAAAAUGCUGGUGAACAGACUCCUAGGGAAAUGGGUCCUGUGAUUGCCGAUUUGGAACACCGGUAUUCCUGGGACAACACUCCUCUUAGCAUGUUUCGACACCACACCGUUUAUUUGGACUUGUAUACUGUUAUUAAUGACUUAAAUACUAAAUUCGAGGGGACAAGAUUAGCUAUCACAGCCCUGGAGCUUCAAUUUCAUGGAGCAAAAGUAGUUUCCUGCUUAGCUGAGGGAGUGUCUCAUGUCAUCAUUGGGGAGGAUCAGAGUCGGGUUGCAGACUUUAAAGCUUUUCGAAGAACUCUUAAGAGAAAGUUUAAAAUCCUACAAGAACGUUGGGUAACUGAAUCAAUAGACAAGAGUGAACUACAGGAGGAAAAUCAAUAUUUGGUUUGAAGCUAGCUUUCCUAGUGAGGGAAGCCUCUGAUCUGGCUGACGCAUUAAACUACAUUUUAUUUUAAUCUCUUAAAAUCUAUGCUUAAGCAGUAUUAUUAGAUAUAGAAACACAGUAAUCAUAACUUUUGAUACAGAAAAGACACCCAAUGGCCCAAUGUCAGGAAAAAAUUUUUUAACAGUGUAGUAUUUGAUUAUUUUUAUAACCAAGAUGAAAUAAAAUGUUUAACGUUACAGUCUCCUUAUAGAAAUCUAGAAUUUUGACUCAGAUAUUAAUAAAAUAGAUUUAGAAGCUUUUAGAGUCAUUAAAAACAGUGACCUAAAGAGGAUUUUCUGAAGUCAAAUAAAAAUUUUAAUAAUAGUUUUUGUCUAAUAAAAGCAUUGCAAGAAAAAAUCAGAAUUUUUACAAUUGGACUUGUAAAUAUAUGUCUUUUUAAGUUGAAGGCUAAAAUUCCUCUUUUAAAUGUGAACAAAUUUAUUUUUUAAGGUUAAGUCAAGCUCAUGAAUACAUACCUUGUUAAUGAUGUCAUUAGCUAAAUCAGGGGAAGUUGAAUGAGAUUUAACAGUCUAAAAACUUAAAGUUAGAUCAGUUUGAUUUUUAAAAUCUCUUGCAAUUUUAAAAGUACUUGGCCCGCACUUAAUGUUUUUUCUAAAAUAGAGCAUGUUUUAAAGAAAAUACUUUUAUGUGAAUUUGUACUUCAGUAUAAAUAGUAUUCACAAAGAGUGAUUUUCUUUAGUAUAACCCAUUGAAUGUGUCAGAAUGGCAUGUGUGUUAUAACUUUCUUUACAGAGAAGUACAUUGCUUUGACUUUUUAAAGUGACUUAUUUACCCUUAGGUUAUGUAAAGUUUGUAUAGUAUGUGUAAGUAUUUAUAUAUAUAUUAUGUCUGGAUUUAUGUACCAAAUAUAUAAAUACCAAAAUAUACCAAAUUUUGGAAUGCAGCCUGUACAUUUUGAAAAAUAUGUUUUUAUGACAUCAAUUAAAUACUUGGAAUUUGGUACCUGAGAAACUGUGUGUAGAUUAUUUGUAAGUAGUUAAAAAUUUUAUCGAACCCAUGGAACAAAUGUAUGUUAUUUUGUUA